GUGGAAGUGAAAAUUAGAAAAAGGAGAAAGAAAAAGAACACAUCGAAUACCAAAUGGCUCCGUGUUGUACGAUGAUGAUUCUGCGCUGUCUUGUUCUGUUUCUGAUGGCAAGUAGUUCUUUGACAGCCGCCGCAAGAAUCGGAGCCACGACAGAGAUAAAGAUCAAGAAUAGAAAGAGCUUAGGGAUUAAAUACAGCCAUAUCUUUGGUUACUUACGUAAAGGCGUUCCCAUUCCUCCUUCUGCUCGUUCUAAGAGACUGAUCUAG